UGUCAUCCCCAGGCUUUGUCUCCUAGCAUCACAACCGGUGUCCUUAGUAACAACAAUGUCCUGAGCACGCUUAGCAGAGAUUACUUUCUGUUUCUUGGUAAAGUGGCGUGCACUAAAGGUGGCUCCAAACUGCUCGAGAGGACUGGAAUAUACCAAUAGUGAGUGCGCCAUUUAAUUUCAUUUUUUCGUUUACGGCUAGUUCAUGUUGGUCAAGAAAAACUAAGCACCUGUUUGGUAUAAACUUUAACAGUUAAUCCUUUUUUUUCUAGAGGGAUUAAUUUUAUUUACUCGUUCAGGGGAAACAAGAAGUCAAGUCAACUUUGUUUAGGCAGGGUAGCCCUUUCAACUAUAGGCUGGUAUAAAUAGGGGCCCUGCGUAAAUUACAAUCACACGAUAAAAAUCUUAAAAACUUAAAAUUACUUUCAAAUUAUGUACAAGGAUUUUAAAAAGUGAAUAAAAGGGAAAUUACAUAUCUUCAUAAAAAUCACAGUUUGUUUAAGAUUAAGAACACAUCGCGCGAGUGUAUCUCGUGAGCGGUAAAUUCAAAUUUAGUUGGGGCCACAUGACCAAUACAGAUCGCUAGGAACGAUUUAGCGAUCAGAAAAUUCAGCGAUCACAGUAGGUGAAUGGAAACAGCUCUGCAAUCAAGCGAUCAGUGUUACCUACUGGAUAGACUUCAUUGACUCUUUAUUUCUACUGUAACCUGGUGUCAGUAUGAUCGCUACGAUAGUUCAAAUCGUUAAAUUUGCUCGCAGUGAUGUUAUACAAAGAAAGCCUAUCUUAGUACAUCCACGCAUUUCCGUUUCUCGGGAAUAAUUAAUGCUUUGUUACUGUCUAACUUCAUGUUUCCCGCCCAAACUUUUUGAGCGGGGCCGCUCUACUCCACAAGUCUUGGCGGGAAACAGUCAUCUAACAUUCCCUUUUCUUCAGAAAGAUGAUUUGUCAGUCAAUGACACAGGCGGCUCUAUUUUCUUGUUUCCUAGUUUGAUUGAACUUUGUUCAUUGCCGUCACGUGACAGCCUUCAGAAGCUGAUCGUAGCCAGCCUGGAUUACAGCCACAGUGGAAUUCCCAGGAUUAUUUUAUCAAAGAUCCUGACGGCUUCCAGUCCGGUAUUUACUAUGUAUUAAUUUUGUUGUCCCAGCACUUUUUGCGUCCUCUUACCUUAAAACCACUACGUUUAGUCAUCUGUCCUGUGUAAUUACGGUUGAACCUUUCCACAACGGCCACCUUGGGGACAGAAGAAAGAGGCCAUUGUAGAGAGGUUUAAACAAGAGUCAAUGUAUGGACUGUCCACCAAAAAAAAAAGUGGCCUUUGUAGAGAGGUGGGCGUUAGUGAAGGUACAACUGUAAUCAUGGGUUGGGUAAAUUAUAACUGCUGACAGUGACGGUUUUGCCAAGUCACGCUUUAAGAUUGGCAAAAAAAAUUAAUGCCACUUUCUCGACCAAUCAGAAAUUUGACUAAACUCACGCAAAUCCCAAACUUGGUCCGAGGUGUGCUCCGACAAGCUCUUCCGUGCUUGGUCUGGUACCGAGGUCAUCUAAUUGCCGUAAUCGCCUGCAAAGCUGUAGCCUGCGUGGCAGGCGUCGGUUUUGGGGUGGCGGGCAAAAAGAGAAUUAUCGAUGUCGCGCGCGCGUGAGUGGCGAAGCCAAGAAAGCGCGCGCGAACGAGCCUCCAAAUCUCGAGAAAGAUAAAAACGGUUUUUAUGUUGCUCCUGCCACAAUCUCCUGGCGGCUUCACCGCUCUUGCACUCCAUCCGGCACUUAGCUUGCUUGCGCACCCAAGCCAAACGAGCAGAGGGUCAAAAACGUGAUAGUUUCAGUGAGCAAAACAACUACUCUGCGCGUGCUUCACGCUAAUCUCUGCAGUCCUGCACAACUACGACCUGAAAUGACCAAAGUUUUAGUUCAUUUAAGAACAUUAACGCCAAGGCGUGUAAUUUUACCGUAUCUCUCUAUGCUCGGACGCCGUUCCCUGUCUUCAGCUCCAGCUUAUUUUCCUGAAUUUUUACAGACUUAACGAGUUGGACUAAUCCAGAAAAGGUUUAAAAGGACGCGAAGUCAGUUUUCCACAGGCGUCGCCAGUAAUAAGUUUGCACCACUAAGUUGAUAGGUAGUCUGGGUAGACUGCAAAACAGUCCGUAUUUUUGCCUAUUCAAGUACGCGCGAACAGUCAAACAAAAGUUCUGAAGCGAGUCUCAAAACAGAGAGCGAGCCUGGGGAGAGACGCUAAAAAUGCGCGCCGAGACUCGCGAGCUUCGCGCGCGUGAGACUCUUACGCUAUUCUUACGCAACGCUAAAACCGAUUUUGAGAAAAAAACCGAUUGUUUUUACGGUCUAGUUGAUAGGUAGAAUAGUUCAAACAAAAUAUCAGUUUGUAAUACUGUAUUUCUGCUAUCAUUAUCUGCUUGCAGGCCACUCGACUGUAUGCUACCAGUCAUAUGCGAGUUCUAUUACGGGCGCGUGUCCCCUUCUUUCAUAGCUGGGGCAUUGAGCUACUUGUCACACAGGUAAUACCAUUAUGUGUCACGAUACUUUGUAUUUUGUUCGUUUGUUCGUUUGUUUGACGGUAAAGUUGGUUUCCCUGUGAUUACUCCGAUCGCUGCAAAUUAAGGAAAUCCCAGACCACAAAAUAUUCCUAAUUCUGAUCGCGGAAUCGUAAUAUAGCUCAGUCUAUGUGUAAUCCAGGUGUCAUAAUGGAUUUACAAUUAAGAUCAAGCUGUUUAGGUCUAAGAAGUUUAAAGAUGGAAGGUGUGCAAAUGGCGGCUGUUUUCGAAUUUACAGUUGAUUGUUUAUUAUCGACACGUUUCUGCGAGGUAACAAAAGCACUACUUUUUCAUUUUUUACAGCUUUACGAUACUGGCAGUGACGUUGCCAUGGAAGCCGCUGACGUGCUUGACGAGGCUUGUGAGGAUGAAGUAAGCUGGACACAAUUUAUUACAAUUUAA